AUGCUGUGGACGCGGGCCGCCCGCCUGCCGCCCACCAAUUUCUGGCUGCCGCUCAGCUGCCUCUGCCCUCGGCUCUUCCCGGCUGCGCUUGGCUUCGGGCCGGAAGAGCAGGGGCGGCCCUUGGGCCGACCUAUGUCGGCGGGACGCGAAGGAGGUUGGCUGCAACCUACGGGCCAUGACACGGGCGUCAAGGUCUACAAUAGUCUCACCAGAAGGAAAGACCCUUUAAUCUUGGCCAACGCGGAAGCUGCAUCCUGGUAUAGCUGUGGACCUACUGUAUAUGACCAUGCACACCUUGGCCAUGCUUGCUCAUAUGUUAGAUUUGAUAUAAUUCGAAGGAUCCUAACCAAGGUUUUUGGAUGCAACAUAGUCAUGGUGAUGGGAAUCACAGAUGUGGAUGAUAAAAUAAUCAAAAGAGCCAAUGAGAUGAAUAUAUCACCCACUUCUCUUGCUAAUUUUUAUGAGGAAGAUUUUAAACAAGAUAUGGCAUCCUUGAAGGUUCUCCCACCCACAGUGUACUUGAGGGUAACUGAAAAUAUUCCUCAGAUAAUUUCUUUCAUUGAAGGAAUAAUUGCUAAUGGGCAUGCUUAUUCAACGCUGAAAGGCAAUGUCUACUUCGAUCUGAAGUCUAGAGGAGGCAAGUAUGGUAAAUUAGUCGGUACAGCCCCGGAUCCAGUUGGAGAGCCAGUUGAUUCUGACAAGCGACAUGCAAGUGAUUUUGCCCUAUGGAAGGCAGCUAAACCUCAGGAGAUUUUUUGGACAUCACCUUGGGGAAAUGGAAGACCUGGCUGGCACAUUGAAUGUUCUACCAUAUCAAGUUUGAUAUUUGGAAGUCAAUUGGAUAUCCAUUCAGGUGGGAUAGAUUUAGCUUUUCCGCAUCAUGAAAAUGAAAUCGCACAGUGUGAAGUCUUUCAUCAGUGCAAGCAAUGGGGAAAUUAUUUCUUUCAUUCUGGGCAUUUGCACAUUAAAGGCAAAGAAGAAAAAAUGUCCAAAUCACUAAAAAACUACAUUACUAUUAAGGAAUUUCUGAAGAAGUUUUCACCUGAUGUCUUCCGGCUUUUCUGUAUGCGGAGCAAUUACAGGUCAGCAAUAGACUAUAGUGAUAGCACCAUGCAGGAAACUCAGCAUCUCCUCCUUGGGAUAGCCUCCUUCAUUGAGGAUGCACAAGCCUAUAUGAAAGGACAGCUGACGUGUGCCUCAGUCAGGGAAGACCAGUUGUGGGAAAGACUAACCAACACAGAAAUGACUGUGAAGGCUGCUUUUGCAGAUGACUUUGAUACACCCAGAGCUUUUGAUGCUGUUAUGGACCUCAUUCACCAUGGGAACAGACAGCUUAAGGCAGUUACUAAGGAAACCGCUGGUCCUAGAAGUCCUGCUGUGUUUGGCGCCAUGGUCUCCUACAUUGAGCAGUUUUUAGAGACUGUUGGAAUUUCUCUGGCAACUCAACAGUUUAUUUCAGGAGACAGCAGCCCAGGCACUUUGCACAGUGUGGUAGAAGAGCUGGUCCGGUUCCGUCAGAAGGUGCGUCAGUAUGCCCUGGCCACACAGACGGCCUCCCGGGAGGCCCGGCAGCAGCAGCUCUUGGAGAGACAGCCCCUGCUUCAGGCAUGCGACUCCCUGCGCAAGGACCUCGCCAUCCACGGCAUCAACAUUAAGGACAGAAGCAAUACAACAUCUACAUGGGAACUGCUGGAUCAAAGAAUGAAAGACCAAAAACCAGAGAAUUGA